AUGGCGAAAGUUUGUAAUAUUCAAGGAUUUCAAGCAUCAAAUGGAUGGCUUGAGAAAUUUAAAAAUCGAUAUUGCAUUGCUUCCCGUGCUUUAUGUGGGGAAAAUCAAUUUGUUGAAACCUCUGUGAUUGAAAAUUUUACAGAAAGCCUCAAUAGAAAAUUAGAACAAUAUUGUUCUAAAAAUAUUUUUAAUUUGGACGAAACUGGAUUGUUUUUUAAACUUUUGUCGAACAGAACAUUAGCUGUUGACUCGGACAAAAAUCUGUCUAAUAAACCGAUAAAAGAAAGAGUAACUGUUAUGUUUUGCGUUACUUGGUUAGAAGUGUCAGAAUUAACAAUUACAAAUUGUUUCAAGAAAGCAUUUGAAAAUGCGUUAAUACAGAACCUGACAGAAAUAGAAGAAAUAGAUGAUGAAAAUUUUUUGAUUCAUGAAAAUGAUCAAUUUGACGACGAAAACUUUAUACAAAACUUUGCGAGAAAACUAAAACAGCAAGACCAAGUUGAAGAGGAAAAUGAAAAAAUUUAUGUUCCGACACUAUAUGAAGCUAGUGAAUAUGCGAAGGCGCUUGAAUUUUGGUUUCUUGAGAAUGAUUAUGAACAAAGACGAAAAACAAUAGUGAACAUGAUGUUUUGA